AUGGCAGCUUCGGAAUUUGGCAAACGUAUAGGAAGAGCGGUAAGAGAAAGAAUCGAAAGAAGAAAAAGCAGCGUUCUCCGUGAAGCUCUAUGGCACGACCCUUUCAUGGCCGCUUCUACUCGCGCCAUCGCAGAAAGGAUCCCUCUGGUUGAUCUCGUCAUCCAUGUCACAGAUGCAAGGAUUCCAUUGUCUUCUCAAUGCCACUUACUCAGAAAGUAUCAAACUUCCUCAAACCAGAUUAUAGCGCUUAACAAAGCCGAUCUUGCUUCUCGUUCCGCUUUACAGGUAUGGAUGGAUUAUUUUAAGGAAAUGAACUGCAUAUCUUGUGGAGUCAAUGCUCAUAACAAGGACAGCAUCAGACAGUUCCUAAGCCUUAUACAACGCCAGGUGGGAAAACUGAAGGGAACUGAUCAUGCUAAUAAGUAUACUGCAACAGUAAUGUUAAUCGGGAUUCCAAAUGUCGGUAAAUCGGCACUUGCUAAUGCCUUGCAUCAAGUGGGGAGAAUUAGUGCAGCAGAAAAAGGAAAGUUAAAGCAUGCAACUGUGAGUCCAGAGCCAGGGGAGACUAAAGACAUUAGAAGUUAUAAGAUUGCUAGCCAUCCCAAUAUAUAUGUAUUAGACACUCCAGCUGUUUUAUCUCCCGAGGUUCCUGAUGUUGAUGUUCUAUCUAAAUUACUCUUAACAGGAGCAAUUGGGGACUGUUUGGUUGAGAGAAAAGAAACUGCUCAAUAUUUUCUAGCUAUUCACAACUCCAGUGAUCAGUACAAGAAAUGGGCGAAGUUAUCAAACAACGAUAACGAUUGGGUUUUCCCUAACAGCACAACAGAAUGCUUGACUACCUUUGGGUUGCGAAUGAAGCAGAAAAACCAAAUCCCUACGGAUCACACACAGGAUGAUGUAGUGCAGGAUGUUCGAAGAAUACUCUAUGAAACAGUAUCAUCUUUUGAAGGCAAUAUAAGAUGUGAAGUUGAAAUGGAAGCACUUAUUGUUAGACAGUUUACUGCCUUGCAGGAAGUUUUCCAUGUUUCUACUGAAUGUGAAGAAGAUGCCCAUGUCAUGGUUGCUGGGAAAUUGCUUAAUCUUUUCCGCACGGGUCGUCUUGGACAUUAUAUUUUUGAUAACCUUCCCCGAAAUACUCACUGA